AUGUUUGACGUAGCUAGGAGCAUAAUGAAGAGGGUGAAGGAUUAUAUUUAUGGACCGCGGCGCGUACCUGAGGAGUUGACAGUUUUAAGACCAGUGGAGAUAGGAGGUGAGAAGAAUAGUACGGAGUUAACAGAUGGGGCGCCUGGUUUUCAUGUCGUAUCCACAGGUUACCAUCGUCGUGACGUUUGCCUGCGGGCGGUGCCAACAAGGUUACCCUCAGGGAUACUGGACCGUGAGCCGGAUGCUGCACAGCUGGAGGGAGGCAAAGGCCGCAGGCGGGAAUCACGAGGGCUGAGAAAGACGGCGGGGUGGUCCAUUGCGACGGGAUAUACAUGGUCAAGCGAGGGUGGAGAACGGCUUCCCAUUGACGGGGAAUUACAGCCUGGGAUCAUCGAGUUUAGAGCCGUAAUUGACUUCAACGAAUUGCUUGUCUGCUCGCAUGGUUGCCACUAG